AUGGCAUUCGGAACAGCCGACAUGUCAACAUUUGAAGCUACCGUGACGGCAACGACGCAGGCUGUCCAUCUGCCAUCAAAUCUCGAGACCAGCGUCGUGCAAAGUCGAUCUCCUUUUGUCCGGCGUGGUCGAAGCCGCGAAAUAGCAGAAAGAGAGAUCUUGCGGAUCCCGCGUAAAUGCGAGCGGCCUGUGCGUCACUCCACAUUUAGAGGAUUUUCGUGCGUUUGCCGAGGAGGACGGGAAGAGCAGCAUCAUGCCCACUUGAAUCUCGACACAAGCAUGAUGGAGUCACGAGCCAGCGCCACUCAUUCCCACUCAUGGACUUCAGAGAAUAACCAAAAGAGAGGAGCUGAUUGGGAGCCUUUUGCCAACACAGGUGGAUACGUGUGA